GGCUGCCGCCGGGGUGGUGCCAGCAGAGCCGGCGGGCUCGGCUCCUCGGGAUGUGCUGAGCAGGGGCCGCUCGCUGCCUCGGCCGCUCUGCCCGCAGCGCCGCACGCCUGCCCGGAGCGGCUCCGUGCCCUGGCCGAGGAGCCCGGCGAGCUGUCUGAAGAAAGUCUUCAGCCAUGGAUGUGUUCAUGAAAGGGCUUUCCAAGGCAAAGGAGGGUGUCGUAGCAGCAGCAGAAAAAACCAAGCAGGGUGUGGCAGAGGCAGCAGGAAAGACGAAAGAGGGAGUCCUCUAUGUGGGUUCCAGGACCAAGGAAGGAGUUGUUCAUGGUGUUACAACAGUGGCUGAGAAGACCAAAGAGCAGGUGUCUAAUGUUGGGGGAGCUGUGGUGACAGGAGUGACGGCGGUGGCGCAAAAGACGGUGGAAGGAGCAGGGAACAUAGCUGCAGCCACUGGCUUGGUGAAGAAGGAUCAGCUGGCCAAACAGAAUGAAGAAGGUUUCCUGCAGGAGGGAAUGGUGAAUAAUACAGGUGUUCCUGUGGAUCCUGAGAACGAGGCUUACGAGAUGCCUCCAGAGGAAGAGUAUCAAGACUAUGAACCUGAAGCAUGAGAGUCCUUUCCUUCCUUUCUAUCACCUGAAGUCUACUAACUACUAAAGACAUCCCAUCCUGUACAAGUGCUGAGUUCCAAUGUGCCCAGUCGUUAAAUUUUUUUACAGUUUUUACGGUGUAUUUUGAAGUCUUCCAUCAGCAAUGAUUGGAGUAUCUGUGACUGCAUCCACCUUGUUUCAGCAUUUCACUCCUGCUGAAAUGAAAGCCGGUUGGCAGGGUCAUUGUUGUGCUGUGGAUAUUGUGGCUUCAAGUUUAAAAGUUAAAAAAGAAAAUAUUAAGUAAAAACACCUAAGUGUCUACUGCUUAUUUCUAAUUCUGUACAUGUUUUGUUGAUAGGCUGUCAGUAAUUUGAUAUUGUUUAUGAUACAGUUUUUAUUUGUUUCCUAUGACUAUUCUUUCUGUGCAGAGAUGACUUAUUGUGAGAGCUUUAUAUAUAUGUGUAUGUAUUAUAAAUAUAAAAAAGUAAUUGAGCAUGAACUAUGCACCUAUAAAUAUUAGCUGUUGAAAUUUUGUUUUGUGAUGUGUUUUAUUAAUUUGUGUCUGUAAAUAAUGGUGUUCAACUGAAGCAAAUAAAACGUAACCCAUUAAAAAAGAA